AUUGGAUUUUCUGUGGCGUCCGUACUAAUUACUGUGAUAGCAGUGAUUGGAAAUGCCUUGCUAAUUAUGUCAAUUUUAAUCAACGAAAAUGGCAAAAUGAAAACUACGACCAACUAUUUAUUAAUCAAUCUGGCUGUAUCUGACAUGCUAACAGCCAUUAUAGUCGUACCUUAUCGAUUAUUUCAUUAUAUUUUUAGCUACUGGAUAUUGGGUGGAUUCCUAUGCACGACUGCAUUGCCACUGGAAAAAAUCUGUUACUCAGCAACUACUUUAACUAUGAUGUCGAUGGCAAUAAUUCGUUAUCGUGCUGUACUCUAUCCUUUGUCGACCGGAGUUACAUUUAUUCGUGUUAUGUUGUGUAUUAUAACCAUAUGGGCAGUAUCCAUAGCAGUAGCUAUACCAUUAAUUAUUCGCAUGCCUUAUCAUUUAAUAGCUCGAACAAUCAUUAUAAGCUAUCAAUGUGAACCUGUGUUUAAAAGCUUACAGGACAGUUUAAACUUUGCCAAAACUUAUUAUCUCACCCUCAACUGCGUUAUUUUUAUCUUACCCUUAAUAUUAAUCGCCACAUUUUAUUUCAAGAUACUGCGCCGCUUAAAGCAACGUAUUAAUCGAAAAGAUUUGCGUGUUCAUUACAGUGCUUCACUAUAUAAAACAUGUCGAGGAAUUAAUUUGAUGUUAAUUACUAUGGUUGCCGCUUUUACAAUCUGUUGGGCACCUUAUAAUGUCUUAAUAUCGCUUAAUCCUUUUGCUUAUAACUCAAUUGUUAAAAUGAAGCCGUCAGAUUUACGUAGUUACCAAUUAUUUGCAAGGAUCUGCAUUUGGCUGGCGCUCCUCAGCAGCUGCUUAAAUCCUAUCAUAUGUGUGAUCUAUAACGAAAAAUUUAGGAAAUCUUUUAAAAAUAUCCUUUAUUCGUGCUUU